AUGUUCAGAACACUCAAACCACUGGAUGUUGGACACAAAGCGCUGAGGUCUACACACCUACCUCUCCCUACGAUUUGGGAGAACCGAUACAUGGCGAACAAGACCAACAUUGUCACGAACUACUCUCAUUAUUUGAAGGCCAUCGUGUUGUCCUACGGCAUCCUCCUGGACGGCUGGCCGACGAGCAUUCCAUUCACAUCUCUUUGGAACAUCCAUAUCGUCUCCGAUAUGUCAGAGCUCGACAACUACAAGACAGAUGUAGAAAGGCGACAGGUAGCAGACGAAGUCAUUGGCAAACCUCGUAAGAAGCGCUCGGAUGCAAGCACGUCACAAAAACGCAAGAACACAGAAAGGGGACUCGAAGGCAAAGAAAAUGAAUUUCCGGCUAGAAGUCCAGGCAGCGAAGGCGUGCAUCAGAAAGGCAGUGUAAGAGCCCGAGAUUACCGAAGAUAG